UCGUCAAUCCAGUAUGAUACGUUUCAUUAUGAGUCACUAGGGAGCACAAGAUCUAGUUUCUUCUAGUUGGAGACGAGAGAUUGAAUGGCUAACACUGCCUGCUUUAUCAUUGUGGGUCGGAAUGAUAUUCCCAUCUAUGAAGCUGAAGUUGGUUCUGCUGCCAAAAGAGAAGAUGCUGCCCAGUUGCACCAAUUUAUAUUACAUGCCGCAUUAGAUGUUGUCCAAGACCUAGCAUGGACUACAAGUGCCAUGUUCUUGAAGUCAGUAGACAGGUUUAACGAUCUGGUUGUGUCAGUUGUCAACGUGGUAGAUUCAUCUCCAGUUGUAAAUGUUUGUUUCUUCCUUAAUUUAUCAACACAUACUCGACUGAUGCUCCUUCAUGAUUCACGGAAUGAGGACGGCAUCAAGAGCUUCUUUCAAGAGGUGCAUGAGCUCUAUAUAAAGAUUCUACUGAAUCCCUUGUAUCUUCCUGGUUCUCGGAUUACGUCGUCACAUUUUGACACGAAAGUACGUGCACUGGCAAGAAAGUAUCUGUAGAGAAGAAGGAGAUUCUGUUUGCAUUUGGUGGAUGAGGUGCAAUGCCCAAUUUUCUCUUGUAUCCAUAUCGCAUAGUUCCCAAGUCAAAUUUGUUUCUCUUUUCUUUUUGGGUGCCUGGAUUUCUGUUAU